UUUUCUAUGUGCGUUCUGUUUAAUUUUUUUUGUUGUGUUCGCUCGCAGCCCGGGAACUUUGCGAAAUUGUUAUCAAUGAGCUGCAGCUACAGAUGCUAAUGAUCAUCUGGCUAAUGAGGAUUGUGCCUACCUGUUAAUGUGCGCGUUAAUUGGCAGCAAAUGCAGUUAGCCAAAUAAAAAAAAAAAAAAAAACAAAACAAAACAACACAACGAAAUCAACGUAAAUCAGAAGAAGCAGAAGUGCGUGCGAAGUGGUUGAGCCGUUUGCAUUGCUGCUAGUGAAGGAGAGUGCAGAGCGGAAAGUCUCUCUUCUGACUUGAGUGCAAUGACAACUGAGUGAAUUGAGUGAAGGAAACAGCUCGUCGUUUUAAACUAGGACUCCUGCACGGAUCGUACAGCUAAAGAUGCGAUCUUGGCUUUAAGGUGCGAGCAGGCGAGCGCUGGACUGUGUGAAAGAGACAGCAAAUCGUGUGGAGAGCGAACUUUCGUGGAGGACAACGAGCCGCAAAUCAAAAGGGCAACCCAAAGCAAGGCAAAGCAAAGCAAAAAUCAGAUUUGCCGCUCGCUCUCUCUGGAGCAGAGAUGUGUCGAUCGAUGAUUGCGCUGCUGCUGCUCAGUUGCCUCGUAGCGUGUUGCAGCUGCAGCAGCAACAACAACUCGAGCCACAUGCUCGGCGUCUAUAUCGAAAGAGCGCCGGAGUCAGCGAUCGCGCCCAAGGGCGACGAAGUGGUGUUUGAGUGUGAGCUGAACCUGCAGCCGGAUCGCUUGGAGUGGCGCUUCCGGCCAAGCAGCAACGAGCCGUAUAGCUACCUGCGGCCAGCUGCCGGCUACAACGUGACCAGCAGCAACGAGGACCGCACCUGGAAGCUGCGCAUCUAUGUGAACGCCCAAACGCUGGGCGACUACCAGUGCGUCGCUUGGUAUGGACCCGGAGCAAUCGCCUCGACGCCCGCCCGGCUCACGCUUGUCUCCAUCUCCAUAGACAAUCCGAGCGUGAGCCGGCAUGCCGUGCGCUGGAGCGUGGCGCCCAAGAACUGUGUGCUGCUGCGCUGCGGCUCGGUCAACUCCAGUCCGCCGGCCAUUUGGAGCUUCUAUCGGAAUGGCGAGAAGCUGCCGCAGACGGAGCUGCUGCCAGGUGCCGCCGGCGCGCUGGUGCUCAACUCGGUCAGUGCCAAGGAUGCGGGCAACUACACCUGUGCGGCAACGAAUGCCAUUACAGGCGUCGAGCUGCGCCUGCCACAGGUGAUCGAUUUGCGUGUCGACUACACGGAUCGGACCCCGCCCUAUUUUCUGCUCCAGCAGCCGGCGACACAGGUAGCCGCUCGGCCAGGCGAGACCGUUGUCCUGGAAUGCCCGGGCGUGGGAUCGCCCCGGCCUGGCGCUGUCUGGAGCAGUCCCAACGUGCCCAACAUCUACCACAAUCGCAGUCGUGUGCUUGCCUACGGGCUGCAGAUCACGGACAUCCGGCCCGAGGACCAGGGCUCCUACGUGUGCCGCCUCGACAAUGGCAUUGCUCCCGUGCUCGUGCACAUGAUCAAGCUGAGUGUGCUCGAACGACCGCGCAUCUUGCACGGCCCCGACAAUACUCUAACUAACGAGGGCGAUCCCCUAAAGCUGGAGUGCGCGGCCUCCGGGCAUCCCCAGCCAGACAUCUAUUGGCUGAUCAACGGAAAGGAUGCCAGCGACGACAACGAAACCCUCGUCGAGCACGGAAGCCUGCUCAUCCAUCAUGUUCAGAAGCGUCAUGCGGGCAUCGUACAAUGCUUUGCGCGCAAUCAAAUAGGCGAGACGAGCGAGGGCAGCGUUUUGCGCGUGAAUCCGAUGCAGAUUAGCGGCGAUGAUCUGCCGCUUGGCGAGGUGCCCAUGCGAUCGGCCCACGAUUUGGCAAAUGGUGGCGGCUCCUACUCGUCCGCCUCCUCGUCCUCCUCAGCCUCCUCCCCGGGCGGAGGCUCACGCAACAAGAAGCGCAAAUACAUGAGAAUUGCGAAUAUGGUGCCGCCAUCGCGACCUAAUGUCACGCGACUGGCCGACGAUGCCGUCAUGCUACGCUGGAAUGUGCCCAAAAACGAUGGUCUUGCCAUACAGUUCUUCAAAGUCCAAUAUCGAAUGCUCGGCGACAACGCUCGGAAGAUCCCUCGCGAGAAUUGGCAGACAGCUAAUGAGAAUAUACCAUAUGGCAGACAGCAGCAGCGGGAGCGGGAUCGAGAUCGAGAUCGGGAUCGGGAUCGUCAACGGGAUCAUCAUGAACAGGACAUCAGGAAUUUCACGUCGUCCGUAACUCUCUUGCGUCCGGAUCGCUAUUAUCGCUUCCGCAUUAUAGCCGUCUACUCGAACAAUGACAACAAGGAGGGCAACACCUCAGCCAAGUUCUUCUUGCGGCGCGGCGCUGCCAAAUCGAAUCUGCCCGUGCCAGAACUUCGCGAAAUUGAAUCCUAUUCGGAAUCGGCCGUCCUGCUCCACUGGACACUCGCAUCGACGACAGCCGCCCAGCUGCAUAACAUUGAUGGCUAUUACGCCUACUAUCGUCCGGCUGCCUCUGCCUCCGAGUACCUCAAGGCGACUGUCGAUGGCGGCCAUGCAAGACGGUUCAAGAUCGACCAACUGGAACCGGGCACCGCCUACGAGUUCAAGCUGCAAACAUUCAAUGCGCACGCCGCCUCCGACUUCAGCGACAUCAAACAGGGACGCACGACAAAGUCUUCGAGCCAAACGCCGCCCGCCCUUGUGCCUGCUUCAAAUGGUAAAUCGUCGGAAGAUCAACAGAACUCCAUCUAUCCAGUCAUAGCUGGCGCCGCUGGUGGCGGCCUUCUAUUGGUCAUUGCCAUUGCCGUGGCCUGUCUGUGCUUGCGUCGUCGCAACAAUCCCCAGCCUGAGGACGAGAACAAGCCGCAAUUGGAUCACAUUCAAGCGGAUUUCGUUACAUCUGCCGUGCUGGGCGUGGCACCACAUCACAACCACAACCACAACCACAACCAUAGCCACAAGCCGGGCGACAUGCGACGUCUGAAUGGUGUCAUUCCGCGCAUGAACAUCACUUCGAAUCCGCUCGCUCAGGAUCCCGCAGCCGAUAAGGGGAAUGCAAUGGUUGCAGCUGCGGCCGCUGCUCUGCAUCAACCGGGCCUGCAUCAUGCGCAGCCCUAUCAUGCGCCCGGCACGCCCACCUUUCCACACAAGCGCCACGAGUUUCAGGCGCCGCCACCCGUGCCGCCGCACGCCACCUACUACCAACAACAGCAACAACAUCAGCAGCAGCAGCAGCAGCAGAUGGUUGCAAGCGGCGCCUCGCCCAUGUUGGACCAACAGCGACGCACGCUGGAUCGCAGCGUACGCAGCCUGCAACAACAACAGCAACAACAUCCCAGCUAUGGCCUCGAUGAUGGCCAGGCCACGCCCACGCGCCUAGCCUCGCUGCGUCGGCAGCGACGCGCCUCUGGCAGCCAACCACACAACAGCCACACAAAUCUCAAUAAUCAUCAUAACAACAACAACAACAGCAGCAGCAACAACAACAACAAUAACAACAAUAGUAACAACAACAACAACAACAACGUGCCGCCUCAUCUGCUGCACCACCAUGCGCACCACCACCCCCACAACGUUGGCAUACCCCAUGUGCCUGGCAGUCCGCGCGUCCAACGUUCGCCAAUGCCAGCGCGGGCUUUGAUCAAGCGAACGCGUCUGGGCAGUCACACGGACAACAUCUCGUCGGGCAGUCUCAACAGUAUUGAGGUCUAGACCUAAGCCCUCGCCCAACUCCCAAUCGCCCCUCGC